AUGUACAACAUCUCCCCUCUACAUCCUCUGUAUCGCUUUCCCGGCCCCAAACUGGCUGCGAUGGGAUUCUUCUACGAAGGCUAUUACGACUGGAUCCUCGUUGGCCGGUAUGGUCAUGAGAUCCGACGGAUGCACGAGAAAUAUGGCCCUAUAGUGAGGAUCAAUCCCGAGGAGCUGCACUGUGACGAUCCCCGUUUUGUCGAUGAGAUCUACGCCUCGGGCAACAGGAAGAGAGACAAGUGGCAGCACUUUUUGAACACGGGCGCCACGGGGCCCAUCCUCGUCGGCGGGUUCUCAACACCGGCGCACGAGCUCCAUCGGACGCGGAGGCUCCCCAUGAACAGAUUCUUCUCCCGGGGCCAGAUGCUGAAGCUCGAGGGCGAGGUUCACGACUUCACCCAGCGUACAUGCGACAAGCUGCUCCGCACCAGUGGGGUAUUCGACAUCAAGGAAGCCUUCAACUGCUACACGGCCGAUAUCAUCUCUCAGUAUGCGUUUGGGGAGCCAAUGGGGUUCACGGACCAGGAGGGAUGGACGCCCAACUUUGGGGGCUGGGUGAAGAGCUUCUUCAACAGCGCCUACAUGAUGCGCCACGUCGCGCCGGCGAGGGCUGCUGUUGCUGUCGCUCCGUAUUUUGCUAGCUACAUGGGCGACGACAUGAAGAAUCUGAUGCACCAAUUGCAGGUUGUUAUUCCCGGGCACAUUCAGAAAGCCAUUGACAACAAAGAGAAUGGCAGGAUUUUCGCGGACCUCAUGGCCAAUGAUCAAAUGCCUGAUGAAGAGAAAACAAUCUACCGCCUCUCUGGGGAGGGUUUCAACAUCCUCCUAGCUGGGACCGAGACCACUGCCGCAUCCCUUGCUUGCAUAACCUUCUACCUCCUAUCGCAGCCCACCACCUUCGCCCGCCUCCAGGACUCCCUGAAAAGCGCCGACCCGGUCAGCCUCAAGUGGACCGAUCUCGAGCAGCGGCCCUACCUCUGGGCCGUGAUCCACGAGUCCCUGCGGUUGAUGCCUGGAAUAGCGCACCGGUCCUCCCGAAUCGCGCGGGACGAGGAUCUGAUCUACAAGAGUGAGGACGGCAAGGUUGAAUGGGUGAUACCGCGGGGCACUCCCGUGAGCAUGACUUCAAUGAUCCAGCACACCAACGAGGGCCUCUUCCCGGACCCGAAGGAGUUCAUCCCGGAGCGGUGGCUGCUCGCGGACGGGAGGCAGAACUAUGCGCUCGAGAAGCACCUGAUAUCCUUUGGGAAGGGGAGUCGUGCCUGUCUGGGCAAGGACCUCGCUUAUUGCGAGCUCUAUCUCCUCACGGCGGCGUUGGCUCUGCGUGUCCUGCCACGGGCUCGCCUGCGCGACACGACUGUCGAGGACAUCGAGUACGACCAUGACCUGAUUGUACCUCAGCCCAAGAGGGGAUCGGUCCGCGUACAGGUCGAGAUCUCUUAA